CUUCCUCCAUUGGCCGGUCAUGCACCGAAAAGUCCAGACAGAUCCUAUAGAUAAUAAAAAAGAGGCUUUAAAAAAAAUAAUACAGGCAUGUGGACAAAAACUACAUCUGUUCUACAUCUCUGUUACCGGCUACAUUCUAUCUGAUGUGCCUGGUGAGGGGAUAUGUAAUGUGGAUUCAGUCACGUUGACUUAUCCACUGAUUACUUUGCAGUGCACAGGAUAAUCCUUUAGAAUGAGAAUAAGCAACUGCUGCCUGCAACUUAGCCCCGUGCACAACAUUAUGAAUGUUUGUUGUCGAGUAAAAGCAACAAUAUGCAAUGAAACAAAACGUUCACUGUAAUGCAGUCACCUAGUCAAUAAAAAAGCAGAGGGAAAAAAAAGUAUGAAUUAUUCAACCCUAACAAAUUGACUUAUUUAAAGAUUCUGUGUCAUGUAGAUCAUAUGAAUAACACCUGGCCAAUUUCACAAAUAUCAUUUAAAUGAUGAACAAAGUAUAGCUUCGAAACACAUUCUCUGAAGCCAGAUGUAGUCACAUAAAUACAGUAGACUAACACACACAGUGAAUAGUGUACCGGGAUAUUGACUGAAGAUUGUGUCCUUUAAUACAAACUUAGUUCCAGCGUUGAAAGUUACCAUCAAUUCUGGUGCAACUGCACAAAUGUAAGUUACAAUCCGUUCUAAAAACCUGCGCCAAACGCGCAUCUUCAAGUCGGUCACCAACAUUAGCGAGAAGACGAAACAACUUUCAUGUCCGGAUCCCCCAAAAGAUGAAAACAAAAUACCAUCUCUCAAUGUUUCUCCAGAUCCUGGUGGCGCGCUCCCACUCUCUGUCUACACUGUUCCCGGUCCGGGCAGUGUCAGGCGAGCAAGCAGCCUCUCAAUCAUGAUUGGUCCUGUAAUCCCUUCAGAAAUCAGUAGGAUUAGGCAAAAAUGAAAUACAAAAAUGCCUUAUCUAAUUUAGUCCUUUCCUCGCGAACCCAUUGCCGAGUGAAGCUCUCUGUUGCGUAAGAGGAGUGCACUGGUACUGACUCAAUGCGCACAGCAAUAAACCAAUGAAAAUAAUAAUAAAAAAUACGACUAAAAUGUCUGAGAUAAACACAUUGUCAUUCCUAGAAUAUUUCGAUGGUCCUGAUAAAGUGAUAAAGGCUGAUGUGUUGUAUAGCGUAAUUUUGUAUCUUUCAAAGAACCGAAGGUUGAUUCUUUUCCUUUUUUUGUCAAUACAGCUGAUCCUUCCCGCUAUCACGGUUUAUCCCAGCUCUCUCUGUCCGUUUCAUUGACGCGUGUGCACGCACACAUAUGCGCUCGUGCACAGUUAGCCUAAUUGGGACAACGUUCUACUUGCCAGUUGCCACAAAAUCCUCCCCAGAUGUGACUGGACUCUGGCAAAUGCUGCUCAUUUUUGUGUUGUGGCUGCGCAUGCGGCCCAGUGCCAGCAGAGGGGGCCAUGAGCACAUACACACAGACACGCGCAAGCAAGCACACGCGCACAUACACACAUCUUGCCCAGCUAGCUGUAACCGGCUAGCGAGUCUGUUGUCGAGUUGACACCCUCCCCAAACCUCGGCAGCAGCUAAGCUGCACAGUCGACAUGGCAAGAAAAUAUCGCAACAAUUUCCUAAAGAAAGAUGAAAAUCUUCCAAGUCUUUUGGAAUGAUAAUCAUCACGAGAUGUGAUCCAAAAUCCACAAUGUGUGAGGACAUUUAAGAACAAUUGAGUUCGGAAGACAAAUUCUUGAUUCCAGUGGAAUCUUCCAUAUAUAUAUAUAUAUAUAUUAUUAUUAGAUUUUUUUUCUCUGUGUUAAAGCUUACAUACAUUUACACACACACUCGUCCGAUCAACAUACAACCAUGCCAGUGCAAGCCCCACAAUGGACAGAGUUCCUGCUGUGCCCGAUCUGCACACAGACAUUUGAGGAGAGUGUUCGCCGGCCCAUCAGCUUGGGCUGUGGACACACCGUCUGCAAGAUGUGCCUGAACAAGUUGCACCGUAAGGCCUGUCCCUUUGACCAGACAGCCAUCAGCACAGACAUCGAGCAGCUACCUGUCAACAGUGCCCUGUUACAGCUGGUGGGAGGCCAGGUUCCUAAGGCUCAGCCAGUUGCCUUGAUUACCAGUCCAGAGGACUCGCAGCAUUAUGAGGAGGCCAGGCAGUGUGUGGAGGAGCUGGCCCUCUACCUCAAACCUCUCAGCAACACCAGAGGUGUGGGCCUGAGCAGCACGGCCCAGAGCAUGCUGAGUCGACCCAUGCAGAGGAAACUGGUAACCCUGGUCCACUGCCAGCUGGUGGAAGAGGAGGGCCGUGUCAGAGCCAUGAGAGCCGCCCGCUCUCUGGGUGAGCGAACCGUCACCGAACUCAUCCUGCAGCACCAGAAUCCACAGCAGCUCUCCUCCAACCUGUGGGCCGCUGUGCGUGCACGAGGAUGUCAGUUUCUAGGCCCGGCCAUGCAGGAGGAAGCUCUAAAGUUGGUCCUUCUUGCUCUGGAGGACGGCUCUGCACUGUCCAGGAAGGUGUUGGUUCUCUUUGUAGUUCAGAGGCUUGAGCCACGCUUCCCGCAGGCCUCUAAGACGAGCAUCGGCCAUGUGGUGCAGCUCCUCUACAGGGCCUCCUGCUUCAAGGUGACCAAACGUGAUGAAGAUUCAUCCCUGAUGCAGCUGAAAGAGGAAUUCCGUACUUACGAGGCUCUGCGGCGCGAGCACGACUCUCAGAUAGUUCAGAUAGCCAUGGAGGGCGGGCUGCGCAUCGCACCCGACCAGUGGUCUUCUCUGUUAUAUGGAGAUCAAUCUCACAAGUCACACAUGCAGUCUAUCAUCGAUAAGCUGCAGACCCCGGCGUCUUUUGCUCAGAGUGUCCAGGAGCUGACGAUUGCAUUGCAGAGGACCGGAGACCCAGCCAACCUGAACAGGCUGCGGCCACACCUGGAACUACUGGCCAACAUUGAUCCAAGUCCCGAUGCUCCUCCUCCCACAUGGGAGCAGCUAGAGAAAGGGCUGGUAGCAGUGAAAACAGUGGUGCAUGGUCUGGUGGACUUCAUCCAGAACCACAGCAAGAAAGGGGCUGACCCUCAACAGCCUCCUCAGCACAGCAAGUACAAGACAUACAUGUGUCGUGACAUGAAGCAGAAGGGAGGCUGUCCUCGUGGAGCCAGCUGCACCUUCGCUCAUUCUCAGGAAGAACUGGAGAAGUAUCGUAAAAUGAAUAAGCGUUUGGCAGCUCGCCUCCCUGGCUCAGGAGGGCUCAUGCCAGAUGAGGGUCUUCCUCUUGACGUAGCAGUGACCCGGAAGCCUUCACCGCUCACCAACGGUAGCGGUGGACCUUCCAUGCCCCAGCUAAUUGCCCGCGGCACUGACACAGUCCCGUACGAACUGUUGCGUAAACCCAUGAAGAUGGAUGGAGGGAGUCCCAGCGCCCCAGGAUCACCACCUGAUGGCAUGGACCCUGGGCUGGGCAAACCUGGUAUGGCUCUGCCACCUCAUGCCAUGGCCCACCAAAGGAUGUCAGUGGACCACCUCUCUGGGGUGAAGCACAUGCCUGUGGUAGCCAGAGGUUCACCAGUCUACUCCCAGGCACAGCUCCCUGAGAUGUGCUAUGACACCCGCCCGCCACCUUCUGCGUCUCAAUAUGAGCCCCCUCAGUACCCCACAGGGUACCCUUACCAACAGCCGCCGCAGUAUGUCCCUCGGGAUUACAUGCGUAACCCUCCUCCCCCCAGUGAGUCAGGACCCCCUUACCAGGACCCCUACCCUGGUUAUGGCCCUCCAGAGCGCCCCUACCAGGCCCCUCACUCUGGUCCACCUUUCUCUUACCCUCACCCUCCGCACCACGACCGAGGUCGCCACGGGACCUACGCUGGCCCGCCACCUCCCCCACAGCCUUACCCAUCACAGAGGGAUGGCCUGGUCAGAAUGAGUCCCGCUCCUCUGGAUAUGCCCCCGCCCUCAGCAGGACAGGCUAACUCCCUUUACCACCAGGAGCCCAGUUCCCGUGAUAGAUACCCUCCAGAUGGCUACUAUACACCGGGGGCCCAGACUCCACCCAUAAGGGCUUAUGUCAGGGGGCCAUCAUAUAGUGGGUCACAGCCCAGCCUCGACUACCUGCACCGACGCCGGCAGGAGCUGUUAUCACAGCUGGAGGAAAGGAAGGUCAUAUCCCCUCCACCAUUUGCUGCCUCGCCCACUCUUCCACACUCCUUUCCCAGCGACUACCCUUCAGAGUAUGGCGAGGAGAACUCCAAAACCAUGGGGAAAUGCAGAGAGCCGGAGUACACAGGGCAGUACUCUCCCUGGUCUUGUGAAAUGAUUGGCUCCUACAUUGGUACGAAGGAUGCCAAACCCAAAGAUGUUAUGGGUCCUGGUGCCAUGGACAUGAUGAAUGCGGAGGCUAAGGGUCUGAGGGAUCCAUCACUGGAGGCUCCUCGGAGGGGUGCAGAAGUGAAAGACGAUGACCCCAUCAUCCCAUUUGGCCCCCAGCCCACCGUAUCACGUUUCGGUGCCAUCUCCCGCACCUCAAAGACGGGCUACCAGACCACAGGCCCUGUGCAGGCGAUGGCCUCCACUCCUCAGAACCCAAGCUCUAAACACAUGGCCAUGCCAGCAGAAUACACAUAUGGAAGCCAUGGAGGAUGGGGUGGAGCUUCAUACCUCUCACACCAGACUGCCUCCUCCUCUCAGGGACACUUCAGUGAGCGUCUGCCUAUGGCAACUCCAGACAGAGAACAGUUAAAUAUUGAGCUGCAGCAGGUCAACCAGCAGAUCAACCAGCAGACCCAGAUGCGAAGCAUGGAGGCUGCCAGUAACUCUUUACUGCUGCAGAGGGAGGCCAGUGCAUUGGCAGGCCAGCCCGGGCAGCCCGGCCAGGGCCAGUCAGCAGCAGCUCAACAGCAGCCCAAGUGGCUUGCAGUGGGAGCAAGUACAGCAGCUGUCUCCAGUGAACAGCUGAGCCUGGAGCUCCGCCAGGUGGAGAGAGAGAUUGGCAAGAGGACCCGUGAGAUGGCUUUGGAAAACCAAGUGACCCAUGACGUUCAGCAGUAUAAGAUUAAACCUGCAGAGAAUGGACAACCAGAGCAUAAGACUCAGCUAGAAGAAAUCUCCCUGGCUCUUGGCGAGGUGUCCAACGGCUCCAACAGUCUGCAAGAAAGUGCAGUGGGCGGGUCCAUGCUGUCACUGACCAAUAAGACGUCUGCUUUGGGCUUGUGCUCUGAUCCCGGUGCCACUGGUUCAGACAUGCAGAAGAAUGGCGUCGUCCAUUCCUGCUCAUAGGCAGUACACACACACACACACACGCACACACACACACACACACUCUCACUCACUCAAGAUGCUCAAUUGAAAAGCAUGCACAGGCACCCAUUCUAUUUAGAAGAUGAGCAGUAUCUGCCGUGAUAUGAAUUUUCUUUCUUUUUGUUCUGUGAAUGAGCUUUUUUUAAUGACUUUCCUUGCCUGGAAACCAGAGCAUAUGAUAACAUUUCUUGUGUGUGUUAAUUUGUUUUCUUCUUUUUUUGUUGUUUUUUUUUGUACUGGGAUUAAAGAUAAACAAGGCUCACCAUAGAUGUAUCAGGAAGAGAAAAUGGUGGUGAUGUUGACAGUGGUAUUGUAAUUUCAUCCAAAAAAGGUUAGGCCCAUUCCGUUGGAAAUCUGAAUAAAACGCAGUCAUGCAUUUCAUCGAUCCUCCCCCAUAACAAUACUUUUUGGUUCAGCUGUACCAGCAAACAUACAGCUGGACACAGAGGAGCAGACUCACACGCACUCUGAGGACCUUCUCCUGCAAUCUGACCAUCUACGAAGGUAUUGUAGGAAACGGCAGACGUGCGUCACUUGGUAUUCAACCCCUGAAUCGUAAAAAAAAAAAAGAAACGUGUUUGCUCGGAUGCAGACGUUCUGAGGAGGGAAACGCCAGUACAAUAUUCCACCGGUAUUCAGCUGAAAACGGAGAUGCGAGGUGUUUCACAAAUCACCUUUGCAGCACAUGCACGUCUUCACCUGCCACAAGAAGUAUAAUUUUAUUAAUGCGUUUUAUGAACACAUCAUGUAUGUUUCAUACUUGAAAGCAGUAUAUUCUAUAUUUAAUUGAAGCAUUCUGUUUUAAAGAUUGCAACAAGUCUUUUUGAUAACGAGCUUUCCACAUGUUUUCUAUAAGGGAAUCUACUCUGUGCUUCUCUGGGUUGUGGUGUGACCUGAUGUGGUUCGGUUGUAAAGCCUGCGCUCGAUCAUAGAGCUGCAUUCAAUCCCAGCUAAUUAUGCUGUGAAAUCUUUUUACAGUAUGCCCAAAAAUCAUUUAUUUUUGGGGGGCGGGAUGAAUGCACAUGUUUAGGCUGACAGAGUGUACAUCUCUUGUGUCUUGAUAAAUUAGCGUAAUUAAGGGAAUUCCCUCCUCAGAGCUCCUCGUCUAGCCACACAAAAGGCCUCCCCAUUGGGAUUAUCUUGUCAUUUGUUCUCCUAACUUCUAUGAAGUUGCCUUCCCUUGUGUUCUUUUGUUCAAUUUUCGUUUUGUUUUUUCAUGCUUUACGUUGUUACGAUUUGGGGGGGGGCGUGGCUUACCAAGUGAAGGCUUUACAGGGGUUUUUGCUUCGUGCAUGUCCUCCUCUCUGUCGGGAAAACGGUUCAAUUCCAAGUAAAAACCUAAACUUACCGUUUGCAUUCCUAUAAAAGUAGCGGUUGUAGCGUUUUAAGCUGCACAGUACAUUUUAAAUCAUGUUUACAGACGGAGAUAUUGGCGUCGGUUACUGAGGAGUAAACAACACCUACUCUCAAAGAUGGCUGUCCGCAAAAAAAAAGCAAACUUCAUAAGUUCAUUUAUAUCACAUUGAGUAUAUUUAAGCAUUUAUCGGUGAGUAUUACAAUAUCAUAUGUUUCCUUUUCCACUCCUUGAUGUGUCAUCAUCACCACCAUGACCACCACUAUUAUUGCUCUUUGUCCAUCGUGUAGAUUGUUUACUGCUGAUGCUCGACACGGAGCGCUUUGCCUUUUGUAAACGGUUACAUUAUUGGCUCCAGUUUUACAGCUCUGAGCCCUUGUUGUUGAACGGUUGAUGGGUAGAGGAGACGCUCCGGGGCAACUUUAACUUUAACGUUGACCCCUUUCGUUUUGGUCACAUGAGAAACUUACAGUUUGACAAAUCCCUUGAUAACUGAUGAGUGGAAAAAAAAAA